UGCUUCCCGUCGUCUACUUCUAUCCCCAACCAUUUUUAACGUCCUUUGAUUUUUCAAUCCAAAUUGACUUUGAACCCUGCUGACUGUCACUCUCAUGAUCAGCUCCCAUGUUCACACAUUUCUUUUUGAUAUCUAGGCUAGAAAAGCUAAAUCAGGAUCAAGUCUUUGCUUCGUAUGUUCUUUAGCAAAUUCCCAGGAUUACGAUGGCUGCCAACGAAUUCUCAUCUGGGUUCGCGUUUCUCUUCGUCUACCUCACCUCCCUAGCCAUGUCCACAAGCGGAAUAGACCCAACUUAUCUCUACCAUCAGUGCUCAAACACAACCACCUUCGCACCAAACACCACUUACCAGGCCAACCUAAAUACUCUCCUCGCUUCUCUCUCCACCGCCAACGCAUCCUACGACGCCGGAUUCUUCAACACCACCGCCGGACAGCUUCCCAACAGAGUCUACGGCCUGUUUCUCUGCCGUGGGGAUGUGGACAAAGAAACGUGCAGAGACUGCGUGAAAUUUGCUGUGGAUGACACGAUCCAGCGCUGCCCUGUUCAGAAAGAAACCGUCAUUUGGUACGACCAGUGCUUGCUUCGUUACUCCUACCGGUCCAUCUUCUCCAGAUGGGCAACAGAUCCUGCUCUUAUCUUGCGAAACACUUUGAAUAUCUCCAACGAACAGGACCGUUUCAAUCAGCUGGUGGCUUCGCUGUUAAACGACGCCACCAAGGCGGCCGCUUCUGCUGGACCUGGGGCCAAGAAAUUUGCCGCCAAGAAAGUGGAUUUCAGAGCUCUGCAGACAGUUUAUAGCCUCGUGCAAUGCACGCCGGACUUGACAGGGCUUGAUUGCAGCGGUUGCCUGACGCAAGCUGUUAACCAGUUGGUGGCUUGUUGUGGCAUAUUCCAAGGUGCUAGAAUGUUCAAUCCAAGCUGCAGUAUCCGAUUUGAGCUUUACCCAUUUUUUGAAGACUUGACAAUAUCGCCAGCUUCAGCGCCUGCUGCUCCUGGCUCUGCACCUCACCCGAAAAAAAAAGGCAAGCCUAAUGCGGUGAUCAUUGCUAUUAUUGCUCCAAUCUCUGUCUCUAUUCUGCUUUUUAUUAUGGGCUGCUGUUUCCUAAUCAGGAGGUCAAGAAAGAAGCACAGCACUGCUGAACCGGAAGAUCAUGCUGGGACUGAAAUUACGCUGGUGGAAUCAUUACAAUUUGAUCUUGGUACAAUUGAAGCUGCCACAAAUAAGUUCUCGGAGGUUAAUAAGUUAGGUGAAGGUGGAUUUGGUGAAGUAUACAAGGGUACACUCUCUGAUGGACAAGAAGUUGCUGUGAAGAGAUUAUCGAGAAACUCUGGUCAAGGUGCAGAAGAAUUUAAGAAUGAGGUUGUAUUGGUUGCCAAGCUUCAACACAGAAAUCUAGCACGGCUGCUCGGAUUCUGCUUGGAAGGAAAAGAAAAGAUACUCAUUUACGAAUUUGUUCCCAACAAAAGCCUUGAUUAUUUUCUUUAUGACCCUGAAAAAGGAGGGCAAUUGGAUUGGUCAAGACGUUUCAAGAUAAUUGGUGGGAUUGCUCGAGGAAUUCUCUAUCUUCAUGAGGAUUCUCGUCUUAGAAUUAUACACCGUGAUCUCAAAGCUAGCAAUAUAUUAUUAGACAAGGAUAUGAAUCCAAAGAUUUCAGACUUUGGCAUGGCAAGGAUCUUCGGGAUUGAUCAGACUCAAGGAAACACUAGUAGAAUUGUCGGAACAUAUGGUUACAUGUCUCCGGAAUAUGCAAUGCAUGGCCACUUCUCUGUUAAGUCAGAUAUCUAUAGCUUCGGUGUGUUAAUUUUAGAGAUUAUAAGUGGGAAGAAGAACAGUUGUUACUACCAGAAAGAUGGUGCUGGAGAUCUGCUGAGUUAUACUUGGAAACUUUGGAGGGAAGGGACACCCUUACAAUUGUUGGAUUCAACGUUAGGAGAUUCUUAUUCAAGAAAUGAAGUCAUCCGAUGCAUUCAUAUUGGCCUAUUAUGUGUCCAGGAAAAUCCUGCUUAUAGACCUACAAUGGCAACUAUAGUUCUCAUGCUUAACAGUUACUCUGUUACUGUACCAUUACCUGGACAGCCAGCGUAUUUUCUUCGAAGUAGAGCAGAUUUAGACAAGCCAAUAAAGAGUAUGGAUCCUGAUACAUCUACAAGCAAAUCACUGCCAUCACAGUCCUGGUCAGUUGAUGAAGCAUCAAUCACGGAAGUAGAUCCUCGUAAUGUAACUCAGUUUCUUUUACACGCAGUAAUUAGGAGCAGUCAUACAACCAUCCACAAUUUCGCUAUGGAACCGCGUUAUUUGGUUUUUCCUCUUUGCUUGUCUCUGAUCAUUGGUGUUACAAAUGCAGCAGUAUGCUUUGACACAGGAAACUUCACUGCUGGAAGUGCAUAUGGCAGAAACCGGGAACGCGCCCUCUCCUCGCUUCCUUCCAACGUUAUAGCAAAAGGAGGUUUCUACAAUACCUCCGUAGGUCAGGAACCAGACACAGUUUAUGCUCUCGCACUCUGCAGAGGAGGUUAUGAUGUAAAUGAUUGUUUCAGCUGUGUCAACAUGACAGUUCAAGAUAUCCUGACAACUUGUCCCAACCAGAAAGAAGCAUAUACAUGGGCAGGUGAGUCUCCAUGCCUUGUUCGUUGUGCGGACCAUGCAUUUUUUGGUUCACUCACGCUAGAUCGUAUGGUUGCUGUCUAUAAUACUGGUAAUAUCACAUCAAAUCUUACGGAGUUUGAUCAAAUCUGGGAGAGUUUGGCAUCUCGUUUGGCGAGAAAGGCUUCCAUGGAUUCUUCUGGGCUUAAGUAUGGAAUUGAACAAGCAGAUUUGCCAACGUUGCAAACCAUAUACGCUCUAAUGCAGUGUAGUCCAGACUUAUCUCAAGCCGACUGUAACUACUGUCUACGAGACUCUGCUGGUCAAUACAAAAAAUGUUGCCAUGGGAAGCAAGGAGGAGUGGUUUUUAGACCAAGCUGCUUUUUCCGCUGGGACUUGUAUCCAUUUGCCAAAGCUUUUAACGUCGCUGCAACCCCUGAUUCUCCACCGCCGUCUUCACCUUCACAUACCUCUCCCAACUCAACUACUUCAACACCACUAAAGAAAAAUCAGAAUGGGGGAUUGUCAUCAAAAACAGUUGUAGCAAUUGUUACUACUUGUGCAAUAAUUUUCUUGGCUCUUGUUGCUCUCACAUUUACCCUUUUCUGGAGGAGAAAGCGAAAGUUUCUGCAUGUUGAAGUUGAAAAUGCAGAUAGGACUGAUGCCAUGGAUUCCUUGAAAUUUGACCUUGAUGUUGUUAGAAAUGCAACGGAUAACUUCUCAGAUACAAAUAAGCUUGGACAAGGUGGAUUUGGUGCUGUCUACCAGGGCCAGCUUCCUGAUGGACGACAAAUAGCAGUAAAAAGACUGUCUAGAAAUUCUCAACAAGGAGACACAGAAUUUAAGAAUGAGGUCCUGUUAUUGGCAAGGCUGCAACAUAAAAAUUUGGUUAAGCUCAUAGGUUUCUGCUUAGAAUUAAAUGAAAGGAUUCUCAUUUACGAGUUUCUGUCAAACUCAAGUCUCGAUCAGUUUAUAUAUGAUCCAGUCAAGCGCUCACUUCUGGAUUGGAACAUACGCUACAAAAUUAUUGGAGGCAUAGCUCGUGGGCUUCUUUAUCUUCAUGAAGAUUCUCAAUUACGGAUUGUUCAUCGUGAUCUCAAGGUUAGUAACAUUCUGUUAGAUUCAGAGAUGAAUCCAAAAAUUUCAGAUUUUGGAAUGGCAAGGUUGUUUGCAUUUGAUCAGACUCAAGGAGAUACAAGCAAAAUCGCUGGGACACUUGGGUAUAUGGCUCCGGAGUAUGUAAGGGACGGGCGUUUCUCAGUUAAAUCUGAUGUUUUCAGUUUUGGGGUAUUGCUUCUGGAAGUUAUCAGCGGUCAGAAAAAUGGUGAGUUUAGCAAAGAGGACGAGGCAGGGGGGCUUCUAACCUGUGCAUGGAAAAAUUGGAAAGGAGCAGCUGUAGACGUGAUUGAUCCGAUUCUGAGGAAUGGUUGUGGAAGUGAAAUAAGGAGAUGCUUGCACAUUGGAUUACUAUGUGUUCAAGAAAUUGCAUCCAGAAGACCCACCAUGGCUUCAGUUGUUCUCAUGCUUGGUAGCAACUCUGUUACUCUCCCCUUACCUUCAACACCUGCAUUCUUUACACACAAUACCCAGACAGCAGACACAUGGUCAUCUUCAGAAAAUUCAGAUAAAUCCAGAUUUGAAGCUGCCAAAUUUACAGUAAAUGAGGUUUCAAUUUCAGAGUUAGAUCCCCGAUAAUAUUUGAGUUGUCUAGUAUUUAAAAGUAAGUGUAAUACAAAUAUUAUUAAAACUUUUUAGACAAAAAUUAUCUGAUACAUAGCCACUAUAUUUAUUUUAACAAUACCCCACAACGAGUAAAAAAAGUAAACAAGGCAUACCAUUAUGUAUGGAGCCUCUGUUUUUUUUUUUUUUUGGAUACAAGAAGAGAGUAGAGCUGGAACUUAAACCGUUCUGCAGAUCAUCCUGGGGUAGGCGACUCCCACCAUGUCAUGUCAUGCUAGAGAUGCAUAUGUUUGAAGCGUUACUGACACUUCUAUCAUCAUCCUUAAAACUAGUUUACUCUUACUCAUUUAGUCAUAUUAUUUCCUAGUCUCUAAAAGCUCCUGCAACUAAUUUUCCCUUCUAACAUCUAGCCUAAAUAACCUCAUCGUUAGGCUCUUUUAUUUGUAAAAGAUUUGAUUUUAUCUUAUACUAAGAUAUCAAUUGAGUC